AGCCUCCGCCCAGAACCGCGACAGCCAGGCGUGCUGUCUACAGCCUCCACCCGCUACCAGGAGCCGCAAUGACCGACAAUAUCCCCCUACAGCCCGUGAGGCGGCCGAAAAGACAAGACGGUAAACACAGAAAUGGGUGCUGCCCGUGGUCGAGAUGCUGUGGCAUGGGUGACUUCCGACCCCGCACCGUGUGGCUCGGCCACCCAGAAAAGAGGGAGCAGAGAUACCCAAGGAAUGUCAUUAACAACCAGAAGUACAACUUUUUCACCUUCCUGCCUUUGGUGCUGUUCAAUCAGUUCAAGUACUUCUUCAACUUAUACUUUUUGCUUUUGGCCUGCUCUCAAUUUAUCAAUGAGCUACGCUUGGGUGGCCUCUACACCUACUGGGUCCCUCUGGGGCUCGUUUUGGCUAUUACCAUCAUGAGAGAGGCAGUUGAAGAAAUAAGAUGCUGCAUUCGAGACAAAGAGAUAAACUCUCAGAUUUACAGCAAGCUUUCAACAAGAGGCACAGCGAAGGUGAAAAGCAGCGGUAUUCAAGUUGGAGAUCUCAUAAUCGUGGAGAAGAACCAGCGUGUUCCUGCUGACAUGAUCUUUUUAAGGACCUCUGAAAGAAAUGGCUCCUGCUUCCUGCGCACUGACCAGCUGGAUGGAGAGACGGACUGGAAACUACGCCUCCCAGUGGCCUGCACACAGAGACUGCCAACUGCCGCCGACCUUCUACAAAUAAGAUCGUAUGUGUACGCAGAAGAACCAAACAUUGAUAUCCAUAACUUUACUGGAACUUUCACCAGGGAGGAUGCAGACCCUCCAGUCAACGAAAGUCUGUGCAUUGAGAACACCCUGUGGGCCAGCAGCGUUGUCGCCUCUGGGACAGUGGUGGGGGUUGUGAUUUACACCGGCAAGGAGCUGCGCAGUGUCAUGAACACCUCCAACCCCAGACACAAGGUGGGUUUGUUUGACUUGGAAGUGAACUGUUUGACUAAGAUCCUGUUUGGGGCUCUUAUGAUGGUGUCACUGGUCAUGGUGGCCCUUCAGCACUUUACUGGCCGGUGGUACCUCCAGAUCAUGCGCUUCCUGCUGCUCUUGUCCAACAUCGUGCCGAUUAGUUUGCGAGUCAAUCUGGAUAUGGGAAAGAUGGUUUUCAGUUGGAUGAUUAAGAAAGACUCCAAGAUCCCUGGGACGAUGGUGAGGUCAAGCACCAUACCCGAACAGCUUGGACGCAUCUCCUACCUGCUGACUGACAAAACAGGAACUCUUACUCAAAAUGAAAUGGUGUUCAGGCGCCUCCAUCUUGGAACUGUGGCAUAUGGGAUGGACUCGAUGGAUGAAGUCCAGAGCCUUGUGUUCAGCGUCUACACGCAGCCCACCCAUGACCUUUCAGCCUCCAGGGCUCCAGCAGCCACUAAGGUCCGCAAGACCAUCAUCAGUAGAGUUCACGAGGCAGUGAAGGCCAUCGCCCUGGUGCACAACGUGACGCCCGUAUACGAGGCCAACGGCGUGACCGACCAGGCCGAGGCUGAACAGCAUUAUGAAGACACGUGCAGAGUCUACCAGGCUUCCAGCCCAGAUGAGGUGUCGCUAGUGCAGUGGACUGAGAGUGUUGGUCUGACACUGGUGGGAAGAGACCAUUCCUCCAUGCAGCUGCGGACCCCUACUGGCCAAAUACUGAACUUCACCAUCCUGCAGAUAUUUCCCUUCACCUAUGAGAGCAAGAGGAUGGGCAUCAUAGUGCGAGAUGAGUCUACAGGAGAGAUCACGUUCUACAUGAAGGGUGCUGAUGUGGUGAUGGCGGGCAUCGUGCAGUAUAACGACUGGCUGGAAGAGGAGUGCGGGAAUAUGGCGAGGGAAGGCCUGAGGGUCCUUGUGGUCUCAAAGAAGUCUCUCACAGACGAGCAGUAUCAAGAUUUUGAGGCCCGGUACGUCCAGGCCAAGCUCAGCGUCCAUGACCGCUCUCUAAAGGUGGCCACAGUAAUUGAGAGUCUGGAGAUGGAGAUGGAGCUGCUGUGUCUGACUGGUGUCGAGGACCAGCUCCAGACUGAUGUCAGGCCUACCCUGGAGAUCCUCCACAACGCAGGCAUCAAGGUUUGGAUGCUAACGGGAGACAAGCUUGAGACGGCGACAUGCACCGCUAAGAACGCCCAUCUGAUCACACGCAACCAGGACAUCCAUAUCUUCAGAUCCGUGACAACACGAGGGGAAGCCCACCUGGAGCUCAACGCUUUCAGGAGAAAACACGACUGCGCGCUGGUGAUAUCAGGAGACUCGCUUGAGGUUUGUCUGAAAUACUACGAGUAUGAGUUCAUGGAGCUUGCAUGUCAGUGUCCCGCUGUGGUUUGCUGCCGAUGUACCCCCACUCAGAAGGCUCAGAUAGUCCGGCUGCUGCAAGAGCGCACAGGAAAACUCACCUGUGCCGUAGGGGAUGGAGGAAACGAUGUCAGCAUGAUCCAGGAAGCCGACUGUGGCGUGGGAGUGGAGGGAAAAGAAGGAAAGCAAGCCUCGCUGGCGGCCGACUUCUCUGUGACUCAGUUCAAACAUUUGGGCCGUCUGCUCAUGGUCCACGGUCGGAACAGCUACAAAAGGUCUGCAGCCCUCAGCCAGUUCGUCAUCCACAGGAGCCUGUGCAUCAGCACCAUGCAGGCGGUGUUCUCCUCUGUUUUCCACUUUGCUUCAGUCCCACUCUACCAAGGAUUCCUGGUUAUUGGCUACUCAACCAUCUACACAAUGUUCCCCGUCUUCUCCCUGGUGUUGGACAAAGAUGUGAAGUCAGAGGUUGCCAUGUUAUACCCAGAAUUAUACAAGGAUCUCUUGAAGGGCCGACCACUAUCUUUCAAGACAUUUCUAAUAUGGGUCCUAAUAAGUAUCUAUCAAGGGAGCAUCAUCAUGUACGGGGCGCUGCUGCUCUUCGAUUCAGAAUUCGUCCACGCCGUCGCCAUUUCCUUCACCGCUCUCAUCCUGACUGAGCUGCUGAUGGUGGCCCUGACCAUACAGACGUGGCACUGGCUCAUGAUAGUCGGAGAGCUCCUGAGCUUGGCCUGCUACGUUGCCUCACUCGUCUUCCUGCACGAGUUCAUAGACGUAUACUUCAUCACCACCGUAUCGUUCCUGUGGAAGGUGACUGUCAUCACGCUGGUGAGCUGUCUGCCCCUUUACAUCCUCAAGUACCUCCGCAGACGCUUCUCCCCGCCCAGCUACUCCAAGCUGACCUCUUAAAGACUGAGAGGAGACUCUGGCUUCAUUUGCUUUUGGAGAGAACCAACCGAAAGGCGCCCCUGUCUUCAUCCAGCAGAGCCUGCGCUUAGACCAGAGAAUCAAACAUGGAUUCGUCCCCCUUUUUAAUUUGUUCCAAAAGGUUCCACUUGGAAAUGGGAGGGACCGACACUUUAUGUCCGGGACCGGUUUGUGUUGCGAAGCAGUGUUACCUGCUGCACGUGUUUGAUGCAAAGACUAACUGAUGAAUUCAGUUAUGGAGAACGUCUCCAGUGAAUUGUAGGUUGGGUUAGUUUAACUGACCUAUUUAUUGUCAGCAGACUAACAAAUGUGCUGAACAUAAAUGUAAAUAUCUUGUGUAAAAACCUGCGGCUAUUUAGCCUGUAUUUAAUAAAUCAAGGGUCGGAAUCAGCUUAUUUCAUUAUGCAGAUCCAGUUUGUUUUAUAAUGUCACAAAUCAUAUCAUGGAAAGCCUCUCACUUGGCUUUGUAGAUGUUCCACCCGGACUGGAAAUUAAUUUCUCUAAUGUCCACUUCCAUCUGAAAUGGUCAAAGCGUUGGUAUUGUUAGACACUGGAAUUGACGUAGCAUCCUCACUCAGGACUUGAUUCACACUCUCCUUAAACAGUGAUUUCUAAAUGGAGUUUGAGAAUUAUACAGAUAAAGAGAAAAAAAAGUUGACUGGCUAGACUUUGCAUAAAACACACACGUCUGCAAGUUUGUGUAUUUUGUUUCUGCGUCACUGCGAUGCGACGGCCCGACACGGGCGGAGGUGGCGGGGUAGUUUCUUUUAGCAUGAGCCGUGUGGCGUCUGACGUUAAAUCUGUCUGUCUCUUUGUACGGACCCGGAGUUGUUAGUGUUUGGGGAGCGCGGUCAAACACGGCCACAGAGGAGUGCUGGUUAUUUGCAGCCUGAACCUUCCGCCGGGGCUCCCGUCAGGCUGUGCGUCCGCAGGGGAAUGUGCGGCCUCUCAUGUGGGCCGGCAGCGGCAGCCACGCUUCAGCAUUGCAUGAUGACUCACUGUAACAGUGACAUGAAGCCAUAACUGGAAAUACCCCCGUGACCUGCAUCCAGCUGCCCACUUUCAUGUCGUUUAAUCCGGGGCCCCGCUCCCUUCUAAUAACCCACACAGUUCAGCUCUGAAAGGGUGAAAAAAAAGGGGAUCAAAUCCUCUCUUGUCUGUUAAAUACAAUGUGAAUAGUGUCAAUAAAUAUUACAACUGCCCAGCGAGAGCAAAGAAACUGAUUCCACAACUCUGGUGUGUCAUUUCUCUGGUGGUGUGACGGUGGAGACACUGUAAAUAAUCAACGACUAACAGAAUAACACGACUACACUGACACUUAUUUCAAAUCACUUCAAACGGAGCAUCCAGGGGGCCAUGAGUUAUCAUUUCUUUAAUAUGUUCGACGGAUAUUGUAAUCCCCACUGAAUUCAGUACGCUGUUUGCACAUAAUUUUGUUCCGUACAACCAAUUAAUUUAUUUUUAUGUUUUAAUAGAAUCACAAAACAUAAAUGAUGUUAAAUUAAGUUUGUUGUUUGUAAAUAACCUGUUUUUAUUUUUUAUGUAUUAACACGUUUUAUUUAAUGGUGUUUAUUGCACUCGAAUGAGAAGAACAAAAAGGGAGAAUUGUGUUGAUGUCAGUAUUGUGAUAAUGAUUAAUAAAUCUCAUGUUUUCUUUUCCUGUGUUUUUCUUCAAUGUGACAAUAAAAAGAGAAAAGUUUAUGGCUAAA